AGCCCUUCCUAGAUAUAAUGAACACAGAAGGCGGGAUAACUAGUUCAAAUCAAGCUGGAAUAUCGUCUCGCAGGAUUUUGUUUAGUCGCUAAAGAAGAAAAUGGCUGGUGGAAAAGCAGGAAAGGACUCCGGUAAGGCCAGGACAAAGGCCGUUUCGCGCUCACAGAGAGCCGGGUUGCAGUUCCCAGUCGGUCGUAUUCACAGACACCUGAAAUCCAGGACCACGAGCCACGGACGCGUCGGAGCGACCGCUGCUGUUUACAGUGCCGCCAUUCUGGAGUACCUGACUGCUGAGGUGCUUGAGUUGGCAGGAAACGCGUCCAAGGAUCUGAAAGUGAAGCGUAUCACUCCUCGCCACUUGCAGCUCGCCAUCAGAGGAGACGAGGAGUUGGACUCGCUUAUCAAAGCGACCAUCGCCGGUGGCGGUGUUAUUCCACACAUCCACAAGUCCCUGAUCGGAAAGAAGGGCCAGCAGAAGACCGUAUAACUACGUGGAGGAGAUCCGUGAAGGAGAUCCGUGUUGAACUCGCACUCAGGACCUUGAGCUGAACGUGGUUCCCCCCUCCCUCUCAGUUUUGCUGUCUGAAUGUACCUGUAGAUGUGUCGAGGGACCCCCCCCCCAUGUUUUUUCCCCAUUUUAUUAUUUUUAACUAUACCCAAGCAUUGCAUCUACUCAUUCCCCUGGGUGUUUUUAACAACGUGGCUUCAGAGAAGCUGGUUUUCUUUUGUUUUUGUUUUUAAUUGGUGUUUUUAUUUUUUUUGGUACUGUAGUGACAUGAUUAUCCUGUUUUAUUUGUUUUGUGUAAAUUUGGCAUAUGACUUUAUCCAUUUAUAUUUUGGGUUUUUAUGCAAAUAAAGCUCAGAAUUACACUGCC